AUGAAUUCAAACCCCCGAACAAUUGCUGGGGAAGUGGUUUACAUACCAUCAAAUCAAGCCACUCAAACUGAAGUAGAAGGAGAAACUAAUACAACAAAAACCAACGAUUCGAGACAUGAAUCAAGUUUAACAGUAAAAACAUUUGCAUCCGAAGAUAAGCGAAACAGCGCAAGAACAAUUGUGGUCGAUUCUUCCGAAAAAGAGAAAAAAAUUGAAAGUAUUGAAUUAGGAAUUGAUGUUAAAAGUGAAGGUAGUGAAAAGGAAGGUGGCGAUCAUACGGGAAUUGAUUUUGAGCCAGUACAACUGCCAAAGGCUGUUAAAAUUCCAUUGCUUAGUGGAUUAUGCCUCAUUCUGUUUCUUGCUGGCUUAGAUAAUACAAUUUCAUCAACAGCAAUGCCAAAAAUUGGAUCAGUGUUCAAUAAUUUAUCCGACGUGUCAUGGAUCGCCACAGCAUAUAUCCUUACAUUUAACGCAUUUAUCCCGUUGGCCGGUAGAUUCGCAGACAUUUUUGGUCGACGUGCUGUAAUGUUUAUCGGUCUGACAUUAUUUUUGCUCGGAAGUGCAUUAUGCGGGGCAGCACAAAGCAUGAAAAUGUUGAUCAUAAUGAGGGCGUUACAAGGCAUUGGUGGUGGCGCUGUAUUCAGUUGUACCUUAAUUAUAUUUGCAGAUAUUAGUACAUUGGACGAGCGUGCUAAAUAUCAAGGACUUGUAGCUAUUAUUUUUUCGAUCGCGAGUGUAUUAGGUCCGUUGAUUGGUGGUGCUUUUGUUGAUCAUGUUACCUGGAGAUGGGGUUUUUAUUUCAAUUUACCAAUCGGUGUGCUAAGCUUAAUAUUAAUAGCAUUUACACUCAAGUUACCUGGAGUUAAAGGAUCUUUGAGUGAUAAAUUAAAACGUGUCGACUAUCUCGGAACGGCCUUAAUUGUUGGUGCAGUAGUAACAGUAUUAUUAGCAGUAACAUGGGGAGGUACAAAAUAUGACUGGUCGAGUGCAACAAUUAUAAGCCUCUUUGUCGUUACUGGAAUUUUAGUAAUUAUGUUGGGAGUUUAUGAAGCGAAAUUCGCCAUUGAACCAAUUAUUCCACCACAAUUAUUCAAAAUCCGAACAGCAUUAGCAGUAUAUAUUGCGGCACCAUUUUUCUGUAUGUCAUUUUUCAGUUUAAUGUAUUUCCUACCGAUAUUUUGGCAAGUGGCAAAACAUAGUAGCGCAACAAUUAGUGGAUUACGAUUAGUUCCGAUCCCCGUUGGAUUAGUAAUAACGGCAAACCUUGCAGCUAUUUUAGCGCCAAAAUUCGGACGAGUUCGAGAAUUAAUGUUCUUAGGUACAGCAUUGGGCGUGAUAUCAGUUGGAUUGAUCAGCACUUUUACGGAGGAUGAUUCAAUCGGUAAAGAGAUCGGUUAUCUUGUGAUUUUCGGAUUCGGAUUGGGAAUCGUAUGGUCACUUGGUGUAGUUGCGGUACAAUCUGCUACAGAUGUCAAAGAUUUGGCGUCAGCGACCGCGCUAGUAAAUUUCUUUCAAAUGCUGGGCGGAGCAAUCGGAGUUUCGAUUUCUUCAACCGUAUUCUUUAAUCACUUGGGGAACUCUUUGGAGAAUAUGUUCUCAUCCCCUGAAGAAAUUUUCUUAGCACAAAAUUCUAUAGAAUAUGUGCACAGUCUCCCACACGAAACAGAAUCUCAAGUUAUUCAUGCCUAUGUAUUAGCAUUACAACAAGUUUGGUAUGCGCAAACAAUUAUGGCCGGAAUCUCUGUAAUUGCUGCACUCUUUAUAAAGAAUUCACCAUUACGAAAGGAUGAAACUAUAAUGGCAGGUGCUAUAUAG